AUGCUUCAACAUCUGAUAUUGUUGUCCUCGCUUGUCCUCAUCUCCUAUCAAUAUGCUACAGUUGAACAAGUUCAUCUUAGCUGGAAUGGUAAUCCUGGUGAGAUGACAGUAACUUGGAUUACUAAAAAACCAUUAGGUACUGGCAUGUAUCCGUAUGUCAGAUAUGGUUCUGAUCAAACACUCAGUCAUCAUGUACGGAACGCAACUACCACAAAAUGGAAAGAUCACGGAGAAUCUAAAGUUGUCCGAUAUACCUAUAGAGCAACAAUGGAGAAGUUGACUACUGGAACCCGUUAUUAUUACGCUGUUGGAUCUGAUGAAAAAUUCUCGAACAUGUUCAACUUCAUGCCAAUUGAUCAGAAUAAGAAUGUGAAAGCUGCGAUUUUUGGCGAUUUCUCAGUAGACUCUGGAUAUUCGAUGGAUUUAUUAACCAAUUCAACUCACGAAGGAGACUUCGAUAUCAUUUUCCACAUAGGAGAUCUGGCGUACAACCUGCAAGAUAAGGAAGGGGCCACAGGAGAUGAUUUUAUGAACGCUAUUGAGAACAUUGCUGCUUAUGUUCCAUACAUGGUUAUUGCCGGUAAUCAUGAAUAUGAUCGUAUUGGAGAGGAUUUCAAUCAUUAUAAACAUCGUUUCACAAUGCCUUCUAACGGCAAAUUUGAUGACAAUCAAUUUUGGAGUUUCAAUAUCGGAGAUGUUCACUUUGUUGGUAUCAGCACUGAAUACUAUGGGUACAAGAUGUCUUCCGAAGCUCAAGCUCAGUAUGAGUGGCUUCAUAAUGAUUUGAAACUCAACUCUCAUAAAGCAUGGACUGUUCUUUUCAUGCAUCGGCCGAUGUACUGUAGUAACAAAGAAAAAACUGGAUGUGAAUUUCACGAAAACCUCAUGACAAGAGUAGGUUCCCCAGGAUAUCCCGCUUUAGAGCCCCUCUUCAAUGAUGCUGGAGUAGAUAUGGUCUUUUGGGGUCAUGAGCAUACAUACCAAAGAAACUAUCCAGUUUACGAGUUAAAAUCAUUCGAGAAACAAGAUGUCGAUCAUUUCCAUAAUGCCGCAACACCUGUUUAUACAUUAACAGGAGCAGCUGGAUGUCACAGUCAUCAGAAGCCUGUUGAUGAAAUUCAACAGAAAUUUACAGCCGCCAUGUUAGGGAACUACGGAUUCUCGCUAUUAAGUGUUAAAAACACAACUGAAAUUCAUACAUAUUUCGUGGAUGCCAAAACAGAUAAGCAUCUGGAUAAGUUCAAGCUUACUAAAACUUUAAACUAUAAGCCAGGACAACAUGUUCAUUAA